AUGUUUCAGAUCGUGUGUGGCAUCGGCGGGAUAGUGGUGGGAGCGGUGGGCUGGCUGGAGGAGAGACAGCAAGUCGAACUCGGGCUCGGCGUACCGGCGGGGGGCAUCACGGUGCUGGCGGCAGCAACUUCAGUAUACUACAGUCGUGGCUUCGGCGGCUGGCCGUCGUCGCGGGCAGGGGCCCCGCGCACGUGGGGCGCCCCCUGGCGAGCGCUGGGCCCCUCGCCGUGCGCCGCCGUGCCUCUCACGCUGCUGUGGGCGACAGCUCUGACAGCUCACAUCGCCAUGCUGGCGUUUUGUAUCAGGUCGCUUUUGAAUAUUGGGUGCGGCAGCAGUACGUGCAUAGGAGUGGCGGGCGCGCAGCUAUCAGUGUCAGUAUCCACGCUGGCGGCUGCAGUCUUCAUGCUACAACUCGAUCUGCGGUACGACGCGACGCUAUCGCCGCCGCCGCGACAUUCCGACAUGCACUGCACUGCUGUGUCUAUGGUGCCGCUGACGUCGGUAGCAGUGCACAGCGGGAACAGCGGGGACGCGGAGGGCAGCCCACACGAGAAGACAAAGGAAGGUUCGCUGGAACCCACCUGAUGCAGUAGCGCCUAAAGCGCCACACAGGAACACAAAGCAUGUUCCCCAAUUAACAGGCCAAUUACAUCUUACACCUGAGUGUGGGCUAGCUAUAUGUAUAAUCUCAAAUGUUAAGCUUUCGAAUGGCCAUUCUAUACUGGUGAGCCUAAGCGGUAUACUCGCCCGCACUCGGAAGCUAUUGAAAGUAGCUGGACUUAAAGAUAUACCCUCGAUAUGCCUAUAAGCCCUAUACUAUAGUCAAUGUGAAGUCUGUGCUGUGGACUUCCCUGCGUAAACAAAGAUUUUGACUGAGACCAGGGGCGGCUCACUCCGCGAUCCUUUCGCCGCGUUACAAGUACAUGCCGGCGGCCGCGAGUUCGCGGCCCAUUCAGUGGCGACGACCUUCGCGCGGCGCAAUA